AUGACCGAGCCACUCAAAGAAGUUAGAGAUGGUUACAUCAUAUCCCUCAAUUUAGGGACACCCCCACAAAUCAUCCAAGUCUAUCUAGACACCGGAAGUGACCUUACGUGGGUCCCCUGUGGUAACCUAUCCUUCGAUUGCAUCGAUUGCAACGACUAUAAAAACAACAAGCUGCUAACCGCUAGUAUUAGUUUCUCUCCUUCCCAUUCCUCCUCUUCUCUAAGGGAUUCUUGUUCGAGUCCCUUUUGCACUGACAUACACAGCUCCGAUAACUCCUUCGAUACUUGCACUAUUGCAGGUUGCUCUUUGACCACCCUACUUCGAUCCACGUGUUAUAGGCCAUGCCCUCCAUUUGCUUACACUUAUGGUGAAGGAGUUGUGGCCGGAACUCUCACUAGGGAUACUCUUCGAGUCCAUGCAACUACUAAUUCUAUAAGUAGGGAUAUUCCAAGAUUCUGUUUUGGCUGUGUUGGUUCAACAUAUAGAGAACCUAUAGGGAUUGCGGGGUUCGGAAAAGGCCCUCUAUCACUCCCCUCUCAAUUAGGGUUUUUGCACAAGGGUUUCUCCCAUUGCUUCUUGCCUUUCAAAUAUGCAAACAACCCUAAUAUUUCAAGCCCUUUAGUUGUGGGUGACCUAGCAAUAUCCUCUAAAGAGUACAUGCAGUUCACCCCAAUGUUGAAAAGUCCAAUUAUGUACCCAAAUUACUACUACAUUGGUCUAGAGGCAGUAACUGUAGGAAAUGUCAGUACUGCACCACAAGUAACUUUGAGAGAGUUCGAUUCAUUUGGCAAUGGUGGCAUGAUUAUAGACUCUGGUACAACUUACACUCAUCUACCAGAGCCGUUUUACUCACAGCUUCUCUCGAUACUCGAGUCGGUAAUAAAUUACCCUCGGGCUACAGAAGUGGAGGAACGGUCGGGAUUUGAUCUUUGUUAUAGAAUCCCAUGCAAGAGCAAUAAUAUUUUAGGUGAUGAAGAUGAACUUCCUUUAAUCAGUUUCCAUUUCUUGAAUAAUGUGAGUAUUACAUUGCCACAGGGGAAUUGUUUCUAUGCAAUGGGAGCACCGAGUAACUAUAGUGUGGCCAAGUGUUUGCUUUUUCAGAGUAUGGAUGAUGAUGAUGAUAGGUACUACGGUCCAGCUGGGGUUUUCGGAAGCUUCCAGCAGCAGAAUGUUGAAGUUGUGUAUGAUUUGGACAAGGAGAGGAUUGGAUUUCAGGUUGCUGAUUGUGCUAAUUUCCCUGCACUUUAA